CCUCUCCACGCGGUGGACGAGAACAGUCGGCUUAUCCAUCUUGUGCUGAAUGAUGCCGGGGAAACUCCUUAGUGACGCGGAUUUGGAAUCAGACACGGCCAUGGAACAAGUGGAGAUACCGCGAAAGCAAAAUGAGAAGAAAGGUAGAAAAGAGAAGCCAAAAUCGAAUAAGACUGAAGAGGCAGCAGGAGAAAAGGAGGAAACUAUUUCCCCCAAAGCUAAAAAAGCUAAAAAGAAAGCAGGGCCUUCUGAGGUUGACAUAAAUUCUCCUAAAUCCAAAAAGCCAAAAAAGAAAGAGGAGCCAUCUGAAGACAGCAUUAUUUCUCCUAAAACCAAAAGUGUGAAAAAACCCAAGGGGCCUUUUGAAGAGAAAGUUGUUUCUCCUAAAACCAAAAAAGUAAUAAAAAGUAAGGAGCCUUCUGAAGAAGAAAUAGGCGCUCCUAAGCCGAAGAAGAUGAAGAAAGAAAAGGAAAUGAAUGGAGAAAUUGGAGAGAAAAGCCCCCAACUGAAGAAUGGAUUCCUUCAUUCUGGACCUGACUCGAACUCCAGUGAAGCUGCCAGUGAAGAAAGUAGCAGUGAGUUAGAGCAGGAAAUACCUGUGGAACAAAAAGAAGGAGCUUUCUCUAAUUUUCCCAUAUCUGAAGAGACUAUUAAACUUCUCAAAGCCCGUGGGGUGACCUUCCUGUUUCCUAUACAAGCAAAGACAUUUCACCAUGUCUAUAGUGGGAAGGACUUAAUCGCACAGGCGCGGACAGGAACUGGGAAGACAUUCUCCUUUGCCAUCCCUUUGAUUGAAAAACUUCAGGGAAACCUACAAGACCGGAAGAGAGGCCGUGCCCCUCAGGUACUGGUUCUCGCACCCACAAGGGAGUUGGCAAAUCAAGUAAGCAGAGACUUCAGUGACAUCACAAAGAAGCUAGCAGUGGCUUGUUUCUAUGGUGGAACUCCUUAUGGAGGUCAAAUUGAACGCAUGCGGAAUGGGAUUGACAUCCUGGUUGGGACACCAGGUCGUAUCAAAGACCACCUGCAGAAUGGCAAGCUAGAUCUCACCAAACUUAAGCAUGUUGUCCUGGAUGAAGUUGACCAGAUGUUGGACAUGGGGUUUGCUGAUCAAGUGGAAGAGAUUUUAAGUGUGGCAUACAAGAAAGAUUCAGAAGACAAUCCCCAAACAUUGCUUUUUUCUGCAACUUGCCCUCAUUGGGUAUAUAAUGUUGCUAAGAAAUACAUGAGAUCUACAUAUGAACAGGUGGACCUGAUUGGUAAAAAGACUCAGAAAACGGCAAUAACUGUGGAGCAUCUGGCUAUCAAGUGCCACUGGACUCAGAGGGCGGCAGUCAUUGGGGACGUGAUCCGAGUGUACAGUGGUUAUCAAAGACGCACUAUCAUCUUCUGCGAAACCAAGAAAGAAGCCCAGGAGUUGUCACAGAAUGUGUCCAUAAAACAGGAUGCCCAGUCAUUACAUGGAGACAUUCCACAGAAGCAGAGGGAAAUCACCCUGAAAGGUUUUAGAAAUGGUGAUUUUGGAGUUAUGGUUGCAACCAAUGUUGCUGCCCGUGGGUUGGACAUCCCUGAGGUUGAUCUGGUUAUACAAAGUUCUCCGCCAAAGGAUGUGGAGUCCUACAUUCAUCGUUCCGGGCGAACGGGUAGAGCUGGCAGGACGGGGAUUUGCAUCUGCUUUUAUCAGCACAAAGAAGAAUAUCAGUUAGCACAAGUGGAGCAAAAAGCGGGAAUUAAAUUUAAACGAAUAGGUGUUCCUUCUGCAACAGAGAUAAUAAAAGCUUCCAGCAAAGACGCCAUCAGGCUUUUGGAUUCUGUGCCUCCCACUGCUAUUAGUCACUUCAAGCAGUCAGCCGAGAAACUGAUAGAGGAGAAAGGAGCAGUGGAAGCCCUGGCAGCGGCACUGGCCCAUAUUUCUGGUGCCACAUCAGUAGACCAGCGCUCCUUGAUCAACUCAGAAGCGGGCUUUGUGACCAUGAUCCUGCAGUGCUCAAUUGAAAUGCCAAACAUUAGUUAUGCUUGGAAAGAACUUAAAGAGCAGCUAGGCGAGGGUAUUGAUUCCAAAAUAAAGGGAAUGGUCUUUCUCAAAGGGAAGCAGGGUGUUUGCUUUGAUGUCCCUACUGCAGUAGUGACAGAAGUACAGGAAAAAUGGCAUGAUUCACGGCGCUGGCAGCUCUCUGUGGCCACGGAGCAGCCGGAGCUGGAAGGACCGCGGGAAGGCAGUCGAGGCUUCAGGGGACAGCGGGAAGGCAGUCGAGGUUUCAGGGGACAGCGGGACGGAAACAGAAGCUUCAGGGGACGCCGGGAAGGAAAUAGAAGCUCCAGAGGACAGCGAUCAGGAGGUGGCAACAAAAGUAACAGAUUCCAAAACAAAGGCCAGAAGCGGAGUUUUAAUAAAGCAUUUGGUCAGUAAUUUGAAGUAGAGGACUUAUAUGGCAAAAACAGAACUAUGUUUGGCAACACAGAACUGAACAUUAUUUUUCAUACAAAGUUACAAGCACGUUGCAUUUCCUUCCUGACCACUUGCCUAGUCCCCAUCUCUUCCAGAGAGACAAGCUUCAUCUAAAUUAUUUCAUCUGAUUAUUAUCAUUUGCUACUUUAUUACUACUUCUGUAUCAGGUUUUCUUUUUGAAAAGGUAUAUGAAUUCAUUACAUUUUUAUUCUAAUGCGUUGUCUAUAGAUUGUAAGAUAAAAUCAAGUAUAUAUCUGUCUAUACUUUUUAAGUUGAUCUGUCUUUAUACUUAAGUGUCUGUUAAUACUGUCCUUCCCGAAAUGCCUAUGAGGAAUGCAACAAUCUCUAGAGAAGCACUUUGAGCAGUCAAGACUUUGUUCUGUAAUUGGCAUUCCUCAGCCACCUCUGCGUAACAAUUACUCCUAAGGGCCUAUAACAUGUCUUCUGAGAAUUAACACUGAGCAAUGGUUUGAAGCAAGAUUUCAAAUUUAGCUGAGACGUAAUACAGUUAUGCCAGCAUAUGCUCUGGAUUUGGAGGAUGGCGAUACAUUGAUAGGAGACAUUAUGUAGAUUAGCUGUCAUUAUGUGCAUUUUGGUACAUUUUUAACUUCUCGAUAUAAGGUGAUUCAUCCUUCAGUGAAUUCUUUAUAGAUUUUAUAUAUCUAUCUAUAUAUAAAGAAGUAUUUUAAUAGAAAGCAGGUGUCUCUAAGGAAUUCCAAAUGUAUAAGAACCAUAACUUUCUUCCUAAGUAAGGAGGCUGAUAAAUGGUGCUUUAUAGUGUACUCCACUUACUAUUGGAAGAUUAACAUUAUUUACCAAAAAGCAAUUAAGGAAGUAGGGUGCAGGUUUGCAUUGCUGACAAGUCAAAAAUGCCACUGAAAAUUUUUUUCACACGCAAGAAGGAAACAUAUCUGUUGAGAGCAAAGAGAAGAACAAGUGAAGAUGCAUGAUAAAGCAUUUUUUUAAUGGUGAAAACUUAAUAGAACAUUAAUGUUUCUAGAGGUUAACUUCUAAUGGGCAAACUGGAGUUUUUAGGUAGAAUGAUCUAAUUUAGUUUUUCAAAGGCCAAGUUCCUAUAGCCACAGUAUAGGAUGUAUUUCUUUCUAUUAGACUGUUACUCCAUUGAAAGGUUUUAGCUGCUUGAGACUUCCUUUUAAGACAAACUCUAUAUGGUUGUUUUAAAUUGUUGCUGAAGAACCAUAUAUAGCCCCUGGCCAGAUCGCUCUCUGAGUUCUCAAAUAUUAUUUCUCAGGGAAACUUUCUGCAUGGUGCAGGAGCUUGAGUGGUGUCGUCUUCUCACCUUAAUUCCUAGAAAUUCUGUACGGGGAAUCUCGGAAUAAACUAUGAGAGGAGAAGUUAAAAUACAUGGCCUGUCUUGUUUUCAUUUAAUUAUUUUGAACAAAUGAAGUCUUUCUGAGCCCUGGUUUAUCUCACUUAACUGGGUCUUUAUCUCUAAUUGCCUCUUACUCGAUCACCUUGCGAUAAGGGGCUGAGAUAGUCAACUCAACUCUUUGAUUCUUGAGGCAAUUCCUUUUUAUAUUUGGACGUCAGUUCUACCCUUGAAUCCUGGCUGGAUGUUUCUCUGUUCUCAGCAAUUCUCUUGGCUUUUAUUCCUUAAUCGACUUGUCAGUUUUAUCCCUUUUUCUCCUCCACAUGGUUUCCCAUCAAGCCCACAGGGAUUUAGGGGAAGGUGUUUGAUGACAGACAACUCAUGUACCUUGUGAAUUACAAUAUAUUAGAUUCUGGUUUUCUUCCAAUACUGAGCAUACUUUAAUAAUAAACA